AUGGAUUGCGGUAUGAAUGAGCAAACAGAUGUUGCAGAUGCUACUGAUGUUGGAUUGAAUACUCAAGAGACUGUAGAAGAGCAUGCUGAUGUUCAUGUUGUGCGAGGAGACCUUGAUGAUCCAGAAUUGUUGUCAUCAUCGUCUGAUGAUAUUUUAAGUGAUGAUUCCGGUGCUGACUCUAGUGAUGAGGAGGUAGUGUAUAACCCGUCGUGCAAGUUGCUAAAAAAUGCCGAGUUCAGUGCCGCAGCUGUAAGAAAUUUUGUUCAUGACAAAAUUCAUGUGGUAAUCAGUUAUAAGAAGGCAUGGUAUGCACGGAGAAGGGCUUUAGAGAUUGUGUUUGGUGGAUGGGAGGAGUCAUUUAGGGAUUUGCCAAGCUACAUGCUUGAACUGCAGUAUAGGAAUCCAGGCACAAUCGUUGAGUGGAGGCAUAACGAGUUGUUGAGCCAGGGUCGUACUAAAGUCUUCUAUUACGUGUUCUGGGCACUUGGGCCUGCUAUACAUGCUUUCCUGGAGUGCCAACCUGUUUUAACAAUAGACGGGACUCACCUUCGAGGAAGAUUUAAAGAAACUGGCGACAACUGGGAGUGGUUUUUGGAUCAUGUCAGGAUUCAUGUGGUGAAGUACGAAAGGGAGGUGUGCAUAAUUUCGGAUAGGCAUAAAGGAAUCCUUAAGGCUAUGCGUUCUGAUGAAUGGAAAAAGCCGCCGAUAUGUCACCACAAAUUUUGUUUGAUCCAUGUGAGGAAAAAUAUCUUGACAAAACUUAAGGGUAAGGGCGGUAAAGCGAAAGGCAUGAUAUGGGCAUUGGGUGUGACAACUCAAGUACGCAAGUACAUGCGAAGGCGACGUGCACUACGGGAGGAAAGUCUUGUUGCGAUACACGAGCUCAACAAAGCCAAAAAAGAGAAUUGGUCUCUUUGUUACGAUGAUGAACUGAGAUGGGGGGUGCCCUCAACAAACAUGUCAGAGAGCUACAACAACGUGUUGAGAGGUAUAAGAGAGCUGCCAAUUAGAGCUUUGGUUGAUCUGACAUUUUGGAGAACAGUGGAAUGGUGGGCAGAUAGAAAGACGGAAAUACAACAUACCGAAGGUCGGUUGACCCCGUGGGCGAGGGACAAACUUGAUGCGAAUGAUGCGAAGGGGCAAAUGCAUUACUGUUCAGUACUUGACCAAGAAAUAGGUCAUUACCAAAUUCGAAGUCGUCCACGCGUUGAAAAGGGACAGGCAAAGGGCAAUAAUAGACAAGACGUCGAGUUCAUGGAUUCAAAGUGCAGUUGUGGGAAGUGGCAGAUGUGGAGAGUUCCUUGUUCCCAUGCGUGCACCGUUGCCAGAGAUCGAGGUAACUCUAUGUUUGAACUCAUUGAUAAACACAACCACAAAGCUACAUGGGAAGCACAGUACUAUGGUGUCUCCUUUCAAGCGCCAAGACACGAAGACUAUUGGGCAAAUCCUGGAUGGAAAUUGCGUAUCACACCUGAGCAGUUGCUUCCUCGAAAGCGCGGACGAGGCAGAACAAGGAGGAUUCCUAAUCAAAUGGAUGUCCGCGAGGAAGAUGAACCGAGAGCUCCCCGCAAGUGCAGGAAUUGCGGCGUAGAGGGGCAUGACCGUAGAAAUUGCACAGUCGGUCGUGUUAUGUAG